GUGGUGUUAAGGGGAGAGAGUGGGAGAGAGAUGGGGAACAUUUUUGCAGUCUGCAAGUUUAUUCUGCGCGGGGUUAUGAAGCUAGUAGGGAUGAGAUCCCAAACUGUGGAAAUCGAGCCAGGAACUGUCAUGAACUUCUGGGUCCCCAACAAAAUUACAGAAAACCAAAAAUUCAAGCCAGCCGUGGUAUUCAUCCAUGGGUUUGCAAUGGAUGGCAUCACAACAUGGCAAUUUCAAGUGCUAUCUCUUGCCAAAGACUACGCAGUUUACGUUCCGGACCUUCUCUUCUUUGGCGGCUCCACCACGGAUAAACCGGAUAGGUCACCGGAGUUUCAAGCGGAGUGUGUGGCAAAGGGUUUGAGGAUGCUUGGGGUGGAGAGGUGCACCUUGGUGGGGUUGAGCUAUGGAGGCAUGGUUGGGUUUAAGAUGGCUGAGUUGUACCCUAAUUUGGUUGAGUCUAUGGUGGUGACUUGCUCCGUUAUGGCUUUGACCAGAUCAAUCACCAAUGCAUCUCUUGAGAGACUGGGGUUCAAAUGCUGGUCAGAUUACUUGCUUCCCGACUCAGUUAAGGGUGUGAGAAACAUAUUUGAAAUUGCUACCUAUAAAUUUCCACAUCUCCCCGAUUGGAUUUGCAAACACUAUUUGGAGGUUAUGUUUGAACAUAGAGAAGAGAUGGAGGAACUUUUGGCGGCAUUGGUUGUGGAUGACAAGGACUUUACAGCUGCUCAUUACCCACAGCGGGUGCAUCUGUUGUGGGGAGAGAAUGACAAGAUUUUCGACAUGGAAACUGCCAAAAAUCUCAAGAACCAACUAGGAGACAACGCAACUCUAAAGUCCAUUGAGAAGACCGGCCAUCUUGUUCAAGUGGAAGGACCAUUUGUUUACAACGGGGAACUCAAGAGAUUUCUCUCUUCUCUGUUACAAGAAAAUGUGCACGAACAGUAAGCAAACUUUGCAAACACUUAAACUCUAAUAGUUCCCAGUUUGAAAUUAAAUCACUGUUUUAAGAAGGCUAACGUGAUCGAUACGUGGUUCAUUUCGCGUUGUAAAUUGUUAAGUUGGCCAAAA